AUGAGUUUCGGAGCACCAGGAGGCGGAGCUACGAGUACGAAGCCUACUCCCCCUGAACGUGGAAGUUUUCCUCUCGAUCACGAUGGAGAGUGCAAGGAUGUCAUGAUGAGCUAUCUUUCGUGCAUCAAGCGCGUGAAGGGCAUGAACGAUCCCGAGUGUAGGCUACAGGCCAAGGAGUACUUGUCCUGCCGGAUGGAUAGGAACCUUAUGGCAAAAGACGAGUUCAAGAACUUGGGGUUUGGCGACGAUAAACAAAAAGAGAAGGGGCAGGCUGGAGUAGAGCCAAAGAAAGAUGAAGAACAAGGUGUGAAAGGGGAAUUGCGGUGGUAG